CAAGAUGACAACUUGAAUGAACUUUAUUAGUACCAAUAGUCGCACACGGCUGUGUGCACUGACCCACCGAACCAUAAGAUCGUACAAUGACAUCAUCACUGACAUCACACUGUGGAGAACGAUUGUCACACGAUCCUGAACCCUGGGUUCUGUCGGUUACUGUCACUUCACUAUCACUGGUUUAUUUCACACCAUUUGGUGUACUUUUGAGCUUCUUUUCUUCACAAUUAUCAAGACCUCUGCUUGCUGUCAGUGACCGGAAACUUUAUUUACACAAGACAUUGUAAGGCUGCAUUCACAUCUCGUUUUUACGGGUCCAAAAAAACGGAAAAAAAAGGUAUGUCUCCAACCGGACUUAAACGUGUGCAACUGUAUAUGCCUCCUCACGUUUUUAAACCGUAUUCGGUUUGAAAACGGAUGUCCGUUUGCAUACGUUUCAAUGUUUUCCUUGAAAAAAAACGGAUACGGUUUUAUGUUUGUCAACAUUUUAAAUAAAGUUCUUUUUUUAUUGAAUUUCCCCAAAAAAUGCAGAAAAAAAAAAUGAAAACAGUAUUGUGCAAACCGGGUGUAACCAUACGCACAUACGGUUCAAUACGGUUACCAUAGAACUCCAUUUUAAAUUAACCGUAUACAGGUAGGAUACGGUUUUUGACCGGGACACAAAACGGUAGUAGACUACGGUUUGUUGUACCGUUAAAAACCGUAUAAACCCGUAAAUGAUGGAAAAUGUACACAACCUGAUGCUACGGUUGGCAGACGGUUUGCAAUGAAAUGUCUAUAUAUACGGUUUACAAUGAAAUGUCUAUAUAUACGGUUUGCAAUACGGUGCGAUACGGUUUUUCAAUGAAACCGGAUACGGGAACCUUAUUGCAAAAACGAGAUGUGAAUGCAGCCUAACACAGGCCAGAGCGACUCUUCAUCCUGUCACAUAUCAGCUUUACGAUUCAUCACCAUCGCUUGCCUGUCAUACAUGAAGCUUUAUUCACUGACAGCAAGCAGAGAUCUUGGGAAACUGAAGAACUGAAGCACGAAGUAUAUCAGAAAGCUGCAGAAAUUCUCUUUAUGCUUCGCAUAGGACUGGGCUACAGCACUGCAUUCAAUUAUCCAUGAGGAGAACUACAAGUCCCAGCAGAGGAGACAGGCCGCUGUGGUGUCGCGCGCACUGUCAUGGCCGCCGCCGACAAUAAACAAUCAUCCUCCUCCCCGGAGCGGCUUCCAGGCCCCGCCCUCUUUCAAUGCUGGCCACACCUCCUCGUCUCCCCGCCCAACCCGGCCGCCUCAGCCAAUCAGGACGCCGCACACGUGACGAGCGCUCUGUGCGAUGACCUCAUCUCUGGUGUGGGAUGACGUCAAAUUCAAGAUGGAUGGAAUCACGGCGGCAGGAGAGCGCCGAUGAUAUUUCGCGAACCGGGAAGAGAAAACCCGUCACGGAGAGCCAUUCCCGGGGCGGCGGAGUGACGGUCAGACUUGACAAUGGACGGACUUCUACAUUAUAUAAAUCCUGCUCACUCAAUCUCUUUGCUGAGUGCAUUAAAUGAAGAGCGUCUGAAAGGUCAACUCUGCGAUGUUCUUCUUAUUGUUGGGGACCAGAAAUUUCGAGCACAUAAAAAUGUCCUGGCUGCGAGCAGUGAAUAUUUCCACUGCCUCUUCAUGGACAAAAACAACGAGUCUCAAAAUGUCUUUCAGCUGGACUUCUGCGAGGCAGACGCAUUCGACAAUGUCUUGAACUACAUUUACUCUUCAUCAUUGUUUGCUGAGAAGGGAAGCCUUGCAGCCAUACAAGAACUAGGCUACAGCCUGGGUAUCAGUUUUUUGACAAACAUCCUUUCCAAAACUCCUCAAGCACCAUUUUCUUCAUGCAAGAAGUCAGGAUACCACGAAGAAGAUGACAGUGGGUCACAGAAAAGAAGCGUCAUAGUCUGUCAAAACAAAGAGACACAAAGCAGAGACAUUGGUCAUUUACACCAUGACAAAGGCCCAGCAUCUAGGCCAUCUUCUACAGGAAGGGCAAGUUCUUCUAGACAUCAUAUGCGAACAUCUGAUUCACUUUCUAGCUUCUUGGCUUCUGAACGGAAGUGGCACGGGGCUUCUUUCUCAGGUGAGCAAAUUGGUUCGGCAAAAAGAAAAAGCUUUCCACGUCAAAAUACAUGUGAAGUUGAUGGUGAUGAAGAACACCCCUCUGCUUCUGGCAUAUCAAGGGGAAGUUUAUCGGAGUUGUUCAAGAAAAAAACGGCAGCGACGUCUCUCGAUUCUUCCUUUACAAUACCAAAAACUGAAAUGGAGAGUUCGCAGAUUAAAGAGGAAGACGAUGACAUGAACUAUUAUCAGCGAGUCUCGACUCCUCCUGCUAACACAUCAAGCCAACAAAUUGAUCGCAGCGGUCCACUUGUUAAAAGUCUUCUGAGAAGAUCCCUCUCCAUGGAUAGCCAGGUUCCCACUUACUCACAAGCUGCUGAUUUUCAUUCCACUCAACAGACGACCUCUCUUAAAAGUAGCUCAAGAGAAGAGGUGCCCAGUGGAAUGUCUCGUAGGCACAUACUAAAAGGAAUCGUAAGCAAAGAAAAGGCUGCAGAUCUCGGAAGACACUUCGCGACUUACUCAUUGGGUACUAAUACCCAUAGCGACAAGGAUGUUCGCGUAAAGACUGAGCCCAGUAGCCCCACUUCAGAACCUUCAGAGAUACUUCAGGUAACAGUUGGGGAUCAAGCACAAAGUAGAACCGUCAAUCCAGAGGACGAGAUCCCCGUAACCAGGUUUAAUAAAAGAAAGUUUCCAGCUGAUAGGAGAGUCAUGCCUAAAAGGAUAAAAAUGAAGGACACUAGUUCUCCAGAGCCAGAUGGUAACAUGAGUGAAAUGGCUGCAGCUGCCGAUCAUUUUUCAGAUUCUGACGAUAGCCACGAAAUGAGUAUCGCGUUACCAGAAAUGCACCAGGACAAAAAAUUUAAAUGCAAACAUUGCCUUAAAAUUUUUAGAUCGACUGCAGGUCUGAACCGUCACAUGAACAUGUACCACAAUCCGGAGAAACCUUAUUCUUGUGAUAUUUGCUUCAAGAGGUUCCAUACAAACUUCAAAGUGUGGACGCAUUGUCAGACACAACAUGGUAUAGUGAAGAAUCCGUCACCUGCAUCAAGCACACAAACCGUUUUAGAUGAAAAAUUCCAAAGGAAGUUAAUAGACAUUGUAAGAGAAAGGGAAAUCAAAAAGGCACUCAUCUAUAAGUUGAGAAGAGGUAAAACAGGCUUUGCCGGAUCAGCAAGUAGCCAAGCACAAGCUCUGAAGCGAAGCCUCCGAUCCAGAACCAAAUCUGCUUAUACCUGCAACUAUUGCGGGAAGUCUUAUCGCUUUUUAUCUCAGUUUAAGCAGCACUGCAAAAUGCAUCCAGGGGAAAAGGCUCUGUACGGGAGCAGGCACAUCAGGCCCAAAGCGCCGUCACCUCCAAAGAGUCCUGAAGACAAUAAGGAGAUGUUUCACUGCAGGCACUGCAAUCUAAAGUUGUCUUCAUUUGUUGAACAGGGAAACCACGAGAGGAUUUGUCGGAAUGCAACUCUGUGUCCAUAUUGUAGCCUUCGAUUUGCUUCCCCAGAACUUAAAAAUGAACACGACCCAAAGUGCGAAUAUAAGAAGCUUACGUGUCUGGAGUGUAUGAGAACAUUUAAGUCCUCUUUCAGUAUCUGGCGUCAUCAAGUGGAAGUACAUAACCAAAAUACAAUGGCCCCGACGGAAAAUUUUUCAUUACCUAUGCUUGACCAGAAUGGGGACCUGAACAGUACACAGAGGUUGCAGACUUUAGCUGAACCUAGCCAGGGGAAUAGUUUUCAUACCUCAAAGGAUGACGACGUAUACAGUGACUCUUCAGAACAUAUGAACUACGAUUCAGAGGACUCAAACUGUCUCCCUGAAGAUCUUAGCGUUUCCAAGCAGUUUGAAGUUCAGAUCAAGGAAGAACCUUCAGAUGAAAUGGAGGACAGCUCCGAAGCUCUCUACGGCCACAAAGAAGACACACCCCCCUCCGAACAUGGCGUGUGGUCAUGCGAAAAAUGUGGCAAAAUAUUUACAGUUCACAAGCAGCUUGAGCGUCAUCAAGAACUCUUGUGCUCGGUCAAACCUUUCAUUUGUCACGUUUGCAACAAAGCCUUCCGAACAAAUUUUCGUCUGUGGAGUCACUUUCAGUCUCAUAUGGCGCAGGGAGAAGAAGGUGUUUUCAAGGAACCAGAAGGGGGUGCUCCUGUCAGCUCCCCAUCCCCACCACCUCAACCACCACCACCCCCACCUCCUCCUCCUCCACCACCACCGCCCCCGACAACACUACCACCUCCUCCUCCUCUCAAAAUGCAACCUGUAGAACCAGAGAGGCGCAAAAGUGUUCCGGAGAAACAGAGUUCUACAGAAAAAAUGUUUGCUCCCCAGGAAUCAGAUACGCUUUUCUACCACGCGCCACCUCUUUCAGCCAUUACAUUUAAGAGACAGUUCAUGUGUAAACUGUGUCACAGGACCUUCAAAACCGCCUUCAGUUUAUGGAGUCACGAACAGACACACAACUAAAACCUAAGGUGCUAGAAUAAAGUAACACAUAUAUUUUGCGGGGUUGGGAAAGGGGGCUAACCAUUCCUAGCCAAAAUAAGACUUACACUAUUAUUAGUGUUCCUAAAGGACCGUAACCCCCCCCCCCCUUUCCCCGUAACGUGGCCUGAAAUCUUUUUCAUAAACUUUUUGACUUGGAUACCCUCUCCCAUCCGCAUGUUAUCCUCUACUUGACCACAGACAUUUUUGAGCUUCGCCCUCUUGUAGAGACUGUAGGGAUGUCUGUUAACAUCUGUAACUUAACAAGACUGAAUCUUUUAGCAGACAAGACCCGGUCUAUCACCUUUUUAGCAAUAAUCAAUAAGAGAACCUCAAGUAUAGAUUGGAAAAGCUUCUUAAAUAUAAAAUGUUUUCGGAGGUGGAUUGAUGCUGUGCUACGUAGAUUAGCAUUGAUAAUGUAGAUCAUUGUAACAACCAGGAUAAAGCUUCUUUUGUAGUCGACCUUUGUGAUAGAGUAACAGAGGUUUUUACAUUUACUGUAACUUCCUUAUUUAGGAAGAAUACAUUUGCAUCUGAAAGUGGUGUUUUUUUGUUUUAUUUGUUUAUUCUUUAUCCUGUUUUCUUGCUGAAAUGCCAUAAUUAAUUGACACAUUAGCCGCAACGUUUGGACAUCCAAGUCGCCUUCUUUUUUAUUUUUUUUUUAGCUAUUUUUGUUUUCUCCGUAGCACAAUUUUACAAUCUCGAAAGAUUCCCGCAGGACCUCUUACGGUUAUAUGAUCAGGUCCACUGACUUGUCAUGUGUUUGAUUUACUGCUUAAUUUUUUUGCUUUGUGAAAGAAAUUUCAAAACUGGAAUUUGAAUUUAUAUAUUUUUUUUCUGUAAAUUAAGCAGUGGAAAUGAAAUAUAGGAAGCACAAUUUGAAGUUUAUUUUUCAUCUCUCUUUUUUUCAGUUUAUACUGUGUUGUUGAGGGACUACUGAACAGAGUUUUCUUCAAUAGGUUGGAAAUUUGAUGGUUUGGCAGGACAGUAAAAGGUCACAAAUUUGGUUCGAAGACCUGCAGGCUUAGUUACAAAAGUUUGUAAGUUUGUUGGAUACAGUUUUUCUAACGAAUAAAACAUUUAGGGCUGUCAUUUUGCUUGUAUGCAAGCUUUAGGUUUUUAGUAGUAAGAUACAGUCCUUGUGUUGUAACCAUUCCUCUCUAAGGAUACAAGCUUGGGUCACCAUAUUGAAUCCCAAUGCUCCAAGCUGGCACAAUCCAGUUUGGCCAUCGGUAAGAGGCGGCUUCCUGCAGUAGUUGAGUAUUGCAGGUGAAACCAUCCAUGAACACGGAUCCAUUGUCCAAGUCGUAACACACUCGCAUUUUGAUCUAGAUCUGGAUCUGCUCUUGGUGUCCACCAAUAGAUACUACAUUAUGAUGGUUGGUAAACAAAAAGUUAGAAGUUACUGCACGCACACACACACACACGCACACACACUUGCUGCACACACCGCCAAUUAAAAGGCCUCUGUAUCCAAAAGUGAAUUUCAUUAUUAUACAUAGAGACAACUACAAAGCGGAUGAUAAAUUUGGCAAAUAUACUCCCAUGCAUCGAAGGGGUUGGGUGAGAUUGGAUAAAAAGAGUUUUACAAUCAUCCUCUGCCUUACACCCGCCCCACCACCCGGCCGAAUCGGAGCCACCAUUGACUCUGUAUGGUAUUGCAGUGUUUAGUUGAGAAGAGUGCUGCUGUUUCUUACGAAAAUAAAGACCCAUGUCAUUCAACCUCUUUUAUAUAAUCGGUUAGUAGCUCAGGGGUCCACUGUCAUAAAAUGUGGGUGCAGCAUUUGCAUGAUGCCAUAGCAGCUGGCGGUGGUGCACAUGAUGGCAUCACACGCGUACAUUUUUUAUACAGAGGUAAUGGUUAAUAUUUCAUUGGCAUUAUUCAUGACAUAACCGCUACAAAAAUACACAACUAUAGGAACAUAGAGGGCAUGGUGUCACUUCAGGUAGAUACUGCGGGUCCAAGGACACACCUUGUGCCACGAAUAGCACCUCUGAUCAGCAUUGCCUUGGAUUUAUAUCUCCUUAUGGCAGUGUUUCCCAACCAGGGUGUCUCCAGUUGUUGCA